UUUCCCGACGAAGCCGCGCCAGGGCGAUCGCUGCGCGCUGGGCUCGUUUUGAGCCACGCCGACGCGGGAACGGAGCCCCGCGGGGUGCUGCGGCGAAGGCGGCCUUCGUGCAGCCGCCGGGGGAGCCGUCCCAGGGGGAAGCCUUGGGCGCCGCCGACCGAGGCGAGUCCCUUUGGCGCUCCGAAGAAGCGGGCAGCGAUCGCGGCGUGGGACGAGGAGGAGACGGAGAGAUGUUUGGCUAGAGCACGUGGAGGAGGUCUCGGGGUGGAACCGAGGGCGACUGAGCGCGGGCUCGACUCAAACCCGGCGUCGUGGAGCACGUCAGAGGCCGGCGCGGCUUUAUUCCGGCGCAGUAUUCAAUGGAUCGGAGCGCCCCGCUACAGAUCUUAACGACUAACACGAGUUUAUUCCAGAAUUCGUAGACCAGACUUAAAGAUCUGAAGAAGCUUCGCUACAGAAGUGCUACAGAACUGUUACUUUUUGCUGCAGCGGAUGACCAAGGUUACUCCUCUGGAAUUAUUUUGAGGAUUUAGUGUGUGCGUGAGUUUUAAAUAACGAAGAUUCUUAUGGCAUGGGAUGGAAUGAACGCAGGGCCGAAAUUCUGCCAGUGAGCAGACAAUGGAGGUGAUUCCUCAGGAGCAAAGUCCUGAGCAGGUGGAACUACACAGGACAACAGCAGGAAUACCCCAAAGAAAUAGCUCCCCCUGUUCACAGGUAGGAGAAGCUUCUGAAAAUCAGAAAGACUCAAAAACAUUAAAGGAUAAACACUUGGAAUCCAGAAGACAGAAAUCUACUCGUUCUAAAGGAGGCUCUGAAGAAACAGAACACCCAGUUCGGCGAAGAAAAUGUAUGUCCAAUAAGCAGCAUCCGUGUCCUGAAUGUGGGAAGAUCUUCAACCGGACCUCCUCCCUCAAUGCCCAUCGGAGAGUCCACACAGGCGAGAAGCCCUAUAAGUGUGCUGAGUGUGGGAAGAGUUUCAGUAAGAGUUCACACCUCAUUGCUCAUCAGAGAAUCCAUACAGGUGAAAGACCCUACACUUGUGUGACUUGUGGGAAAAGUUUUAAUCAUUCCUCACAUCUUAUUAUCCACCAGAGAACCCACACAGGGGAGAAACUCUAUAAAUGUCUGGAGUGUGGGAAAAACUUUCGGUACAGCUCUGAUCUCAUCAGGCACCAGAUUGAGCAUGAGGGAGAAAAACCCUACAAAUGCCCUGACUGUGGGAAGUGCUUCAAUCGGAGUUCAAACCUCCUUAUACACCAGAGAAUCCACACGGGAGAGAGACCCUAUAAGUGUCUUGAUUGUGGGAGAAGCUUCAGCUACAGCUCAGUUCUUAUCAGGCAUCGAAGAGUGCACACAACUGAGAAACCUUAUAAAUGCCCAGAGUGUGGGGAAGGUUUCCAUGUGAACGCCAGUCUCAUGACGCAUCACAGAGUUCACACGGGAGAGAAACACUAUUCAUGCCCAGAGUGUGGGAAAAGUUUCAGAUGGAUCUCGCACCUUGCUAGGCAUCGGAAGAUUCAUGCGGCAGAGAAGCCUGCAUAAAGGCUACAAAAGCAGCUGCCUUAUACUGGUCAGUAUUGUCUACUUGGACUGGCAGUGAAUCUCCAGGAUAUCAGGCAGAGGUUCUUCAUCCAGGACUUGAUCCUUUCAGCUGGAGAUGGCCAGGAGUGGACUUGGGACCUUCUGCAUGCAAAGCAAGAGCUCCACCACUGAGCCACAGCCCUUCUUUCUUGUGUAUAUGCAGAGGUUAUGUUCAAGUACGUUAGUUCAAGUAUGUUUGUAUUUCUCUCUCCAUUUCCCAUUUUUUAAAACCGUGUACCUAUUUUUAAAUUGUAAGCUGCUUUGGGCAAGGACCUAAUCAUUUUAUUCUUUUGUAAAGCAAAAUAUUUUAGGUAUUAAACCAAUAAUA